AUGCAUAACACCUGAUACAUAUACACUUGUUCCAGUCUAUUUGGAUCCAUCUUCUCCAACUCGUGCGUUGGUAAUAAACAGAGAUACCGGCAACUUUGUAUUGAAUCAAAAUGGAACAGACUCUGUCCCCUUUCUUACGACCUUCACUAUAUAUGGAAUCUUUGGUGUAAUCAGACUUUUAGCUGGUGAAUAUCUCAUUGCAAUUACCGAAAGAGAACGAGUCGGUAGGUUAGGUGGACAUGACAUUUUCCAAGCAAAACAGUACUCGUUGACUCCGAUCGCGAAAGAUUUUCGACAUUUAACGGAAUCAGAGGCUAAAGACGAAGAUCAUUAUUUGAAUAUCAUCGAGAAACAAUUGAAAGCUGGACUAUACUAUUUCUCAUACACGUAUGACUUGACUAAUACAUUGCAACGACAAUCACAAUUGAAUAGUCAACCAGGGGCAGCAUUAUGGCGUAAAGCGGAUGAUCGCUUUUUUUGGAAUCGAUACUUGCAAUCUAAACUUAUCGAUAUCACCCUGAAUAAUCCUGAUCAAGAUCUAAGCGACUUUAUAUUACCAGUCGUAUUCGGCUUUGUUUCCAUUCACCAAACGAGUAUAAAAUCUCGCGCAACGAACUUUGCCCUUAUUUCUCGUCGUAGCAGAUUCCGUAAUGGAACUCGGUUCUUUUCUCGAGGUGUGGAUCGCGAUGGUAAUGUCUCGAACUAUGUCGAAACCGAGCAAAUUGUUGAAGUGGAUCCUUUGGAAGAUAAAUACGAGUUCGAGGGGAAGGUGAAACUAUCUUAUGUUCAGACGAGAGGAUCCAUACCUAUAUAUUGGGCACAGGUUAAUAACAUCAAAUAUACGCCAAAGUUGGUAAUUAUGGAGUUGCCGGACACGUUACAAGCGGCUCGUCGUCAUUUCGAUGAACAAACUAAAUAUUAUGAUAAAACCAUAAUCGUCAGCCUGGUUAACAAGAGGGGCUAUGAAUCUCCAAUUUGCGAAGCUUUUAAGAACACCGUUUCUCGAUUGGGUGACUCUCGGCUGUCAUAUUACCACUUUGACUUCCAUCACGAAUGUCGUAAUAUGAAAUGGGACAGAAUUCAAAUUUUAAUUGACCAAAUAGAAAACGAGCUUUUGCAACAGGGAUAUUUCCAUGCGGAAGGUUCUCAAAUAUGCAAAACACAGACAUCAGUUGUUCGUACAAACUGUAUGGAUUGCUUGGACCGUACGAAUGUGGUACAAUCUACAAUUGCAAAGUGGGUAUUAACUCAACAGUUGAGAGCUAUCGGGGUUUUAAGCAACAAAGAACGCAUUGACGAAGUAUUAGAGUUUAUGCACUUGUUCAGAAAUACUUGGGCUGAUAAUGCCGACAUUGUAAGCCUUGCUUAUUCUGGUACGGGAGCAUUGAAAACUGACUUGACUCGUACUGGAAAGCGGACGAAGGAAGGUAUGUUGCAGGAUCUCCAAAAUGCUGUUACUAGAUAUAUAACUAACAAUUUCCUGGAUGGCUCGCGUCAGGAUGCAUAUGAUUUAUUGACAGGCAAUUAUGAAGUGAAGUUUAGAGCAAUGUCGCCAUUUGUUGAUCAGAGAGCAGUUCAUAUUAGACUGGCGCCACAAGUUCUGUCGGUGUCGACUAUCAUGCUUCUUUUAAUGUUUUUAAUACCUCAUUCACCAGAGUACGCAAUCUCCAUUAGGCUUGUGACAUUCGCGUGUCUGGCCGUCAUCGUGUUUCUUGUACGUUUCAUCAUUAGCAAUGGAAGUGAGUACGUAAGUUGGCCAUCGCUGGUGGCGCGUGAAUACAGAUACUUUAGAACCCCGACCACAAAGAACUGGGGGAUGUCGCAGACCGAAUUGUCCAAUGGAGAAAAAUUUGAUUGA